CUCCCUCCCUCUCCCACCUCCUUUCUCCCCCAACCCCCCCUAUAAAGUUCUCUUCCUUUAUCUCCCUUUCUGUCUCUCUCACACCAUUUGCCCCGCUCCAUCCUUCCCCCCUUUUCUCCUUUGGGUCCCCAUCCAAACCCCUCGACGAUGUCCAGCAGAAGGUCCAGGAUCACCGAGGAGGAGAUCAGUGAGCUCAUCUCCAAGCUCCAGUCUGCACUCCCUGAGGCCCGCCGACGAGGUGCGAGCAGGGCUUCGGCGUCGAAGCUGCUCAAGGAGACAUGCAACUACAUCAAAAGCCUCCACCGGGAGGUCGACGACCUCAGUGACCGCCUCUCGGACCUCGUGGCCUCCCUGGACACCAACAGCCCCCAGGCCGAGAUCGUCCGGGGUCUCCUUCGGUCUUAAGUCAGCCUUAUCAUCGCUAUUAAUUAUUUCCUAGUGUGCAACUUAUAUAAGCUUAGGACCAGACCAGAAGUAGCAUUAGCGCUGCCUUCAUCCCUUUUUUUUUUGCUUUCUUUCUUUUCCAUGUACAUUUCUUCGAGGUUUUUUGGCUCGAGUUGUCUCCUCCAGCAACCGACCAACAACCGCUGCUGAGAAAGUUCAUGUAAUCCAUCUUCUUCUUCCUCCGCUACUACUCGGUCUGUAUGUUUUAUUUUAUUCUAUUCUCACCUUCAUGGAUGCUUCUAAUCUCCAA